UUAAAACCUUUUUUUCUGAACAGAUUCAUGAAAAUGAACAUUUCUAUAGUUCCGAGAGUGCAGUUCUGCUAUGAAGGACUGAAUGGCUCCUGCAUCCGAGCCAACUACCCUUUAUCCCUCCGCAUACCACUGUAUUUUCUCUUCACUUCCACAGUCAUUGUCACAGUGGGGGGAAAUCUGCUUGUAAUGGUUACUAUUUUUCAUUUUGUGCAGUUGCAAACUCCCACCAACUACCUUAUUUGCUCCAUGUCUGUGGCCGACCUGUUACUGAGUGUUACUGUAAUGCCUCCGACCAUGAUUGAAUCUUUGGAAAACUGCUGGUACUUUGGCGACUUUUUGUGUAAAUUUUAUGCCUGUGUUGACAUCACUCUUUGCAGUACUUCAGUUUUGCAUCUGACAUGUAUUGCCAUCGACCGUUUCUUUGCGAUCAGUCAGCCCCUGCAGUAUCACAACAGAAUGUCAAGAUGUGUGGCACUCACUAUGAUCUCUGUCAGCUGGGGUUUGUCUGCCAUCUUUGGGUCUGCAGUAGCAUUUUCCCCUGAUGGGGAGCAUGCCGCUGAAAGCACUGAUUCUGACUGCAUAGGAGGAUGCUCGGCCUUACAUGAAAAAGAGAUAGGUGUCUCGUACUUUUUUGUUUUCUAUUUCAUCCCAUUGACUAUCAUGUCAAGCAUUUACCUCAGGAUUUUAGUCAUUGCAAUAAGACAAGCUAACAUCAUCCAUCAGACCAACAGACAAGUCAGAAGUGGCAAACACAAUGUGAUUAAAAUGGAUUAUAAGGCCACAAAGACACUUGGAAUUGUCAUUAGUGUGUUCAUGUUGUGUUGGACUCCAUUUUUUAUAUGCAAUAUUGUAGAUCCGAUAGUAGGGCAUUCCAUACCUGCACUUUUAUAUCAGAUUUUAAUGUGGCUUGCCUACUUAAACUCUAUGUUUAACCCCAUCAUUUACGCCAUCUCCCAUACUUGGUUUAGAAAACACUUCAGAAUCAUACUAAAGAGACUGUUAUAA